UCUCAAGCCAGCGAAUUCAUUCUAGGAGUUCAUAUCAUUGUGGAAGCGGGCGAAUAUAUCGAUACAAUCGGAAAGAUAUCUCUCGUUGAAGAUAUUAAAUACUGUUUGAUAGUAUAGCUCGUACUCGAUAACGCUCUUGGCGUAUCGAUCUCCUCUCAACAUACAAGAUACAAGAUGGAUUAUUCAUAUUACACUCCGAAUGCUCAGUCGUUUUUCCCUCUCCUCCCUCCUACCCCAACUCAUACAAACGCAUCAACUACCGAUGAAUUCAGCAACUCUCCGCCUCAGGAUGCCUUUGAUCAGUUCCAACCCUAUGAUUAUGCCAAUCAGUACGACUCGCGCAUUCCCAACGUCACAACCCCGCUUUCACAGCACAAACCGUCGAUCUCCCAUCCCAUGUAUACCGAGAUGCCUACCGACGUAAUGGACGAUGCGAUGCGACGAGAUAGCGACGAAGAGGAGAAUUUGACUCCGGCACAAUCCCGGCGCAAAGCCCAAAACCGCCAAGCACAACGAGCCUUCCGCGAACGCAAAGAGCGACAUGUAAAAGAGUUAGAAGCCAAGCUUGCGGCAUUGGAAAAAAAUACCGGAGAUCUGGCUCAAGAAAACGAGCGCUUGAAACUACAGCUUACAAAAGCCGCGACGGAAAAUGAAAUAUUGAAAGCGACAUCGAGGCAUUCUAAUCAUGGAAGUCCGCAACCUCUAUCGAAUGUCGGGCCCAUGAAGUAUACACCUACGGACUUCUACACCGAGGUUCUACAUGCGCACGACAAUAAAUUUCCCAGCCAUCGAAUUGUAACAAGUGAUAAGGGGGAAAGGUUGUUGGCUGCGGGUGCGACGUGGGACUAUAUUAUCAAACAUCCGCUGUACAAGCAAGGUCUGGUGGAUGUAGGAAUUGUUAGUGAAAGGCUGAAGAACGCUGCGAAGUGCGAUGGGCAAGGACCAGUUUUUGAGGAGAGCGCAAUACUGGAUGCAAUCGAGAACAGUGUCGCAAGUGGCAGUGAUGAGUUACUAUGAUUUACGAGAUGGCACGGAGAAUAUCAAAGGUGUUUAGGCUGGUUGCUGGAUAUAUGGGACGAGAUAGACUGCUCAAGACGAGUGAAGUACGUCAAGGAGUUCUUAGUUGCGUUCACCUUUUGGAGUUUUGGGCGGUAGUAUGUCUUUAUGAAAUAAUAAGAGCGUUUAGUGAACGCUAUUCAAUUUACACCUCAUUCUUGAAGUCGUUUCGCUCUUGGAUUUUCUGGGAUAUUCAUAUUCGAUUCUUCGAAUGGCCAGUUUACAUACUAGAUUGACUGAUAAGCGACUGAAUCCUAGCUACUUUGUUCCUGUCAUAUGAAAGUCUCCAUAUAAGCCGGAUCCUCAGAACAAUGAAUAAUGGCAUGCCCUAAACUUUCACAGAGUUUCCAUGAUCUACUAUCAUUUUAUAGUAAUAUACAAGCCUUGAAGUCCCAUCAUCUAUAAAUGACUUGGUUAUUUAUUAUUUGUUGACAAUAAGAUUUAGCAAAGAGCUAUAAGGCGAGUUUAAUAAAGAAGGCAGUAUUUAAUGAAUAAUAAUUGAGGAAUAAUAAAAACCCUUUAAGUCCGUGUAUAUCCA